AGGCCAAAUAAAUAGCCAGUGUGCAUACCCUGUUUCAAGUCAGUUCUUCAUAUCUUCUCCAGACGACUAUGCCAGAACCAGCGAAACCCGCACCCAAGAAGGGCUCCAAGAAGGCGGUGACUAAAACCGCCGGUAAAGGAGGGAAGAAGCGCAAGAAAUCCAGAAAGGAGAGUUACGCUAUCUACGUGUACAAAGUGUUGAAGCAGGUUCAUCCUGAUACCGGAAUCUCCUCUAAAGCGAUGGGAAUCAUGAACUCGUUCGUCAACGACAUCUUCGAGCGCAUCGCCGGUGAGGCGUCUCGUCUCGCUCACUACAACAAGCGCUCCACCAUCACAUCCAGAGAGAUCCAGACCGCCGUGCGUCUGCUGCUGCCCGGGGAGCUGGCUAAACACGCCGUGUCUGAGGGCACAAAGGCCGUGACCAAGUACACCAGCUCCAAGUAAAUGGUGCUCCGACUA